AUGUAUGCGUGGAGGAAACAUAAAGGAAACCCCGAGCCUGUCUGGGAGGAAGUCCCUGUUCCCGAAACCCCAGAAAGAGGGUUCUUGGUAAAGCUGCUGGCUUCUGGUGUGUGCCAUAGCGACCAUUCGCUCCUCACGAGCGAAAAGCAACGUCCGUGGUUUCAGGAUAAGUACACUCUGGGUCACGAAGGCUGUGGUGAGAUUAUUCAGAUAGGUGACCAGGUGAAGGAUGCUGGAUUCAGAGUAGGAGAUCGAAUCGCGACUAUCGCCGUCCCUGGCUGUGGAUUAGACGAUUGCGCAGAGUGUUCACGGGAUCUUGCUCAGCUUUGUGAGCAAGCCCAUCAUGCUGGUAUUGGUCAAGAUGGCUUCUAUGCACCAUAUGCUGCGCUGGAUAUUCGAGCCGUCGUGCGGGUCCCAGACGGAAUUCCAUCGUCUGUCGCAGCUGUUGCAACUGAUGCAGUUAAAACAAGCUAUCACGCUAUUGUCAGGCGUGCAGAGGUUAAAUCCCAGGAGACUGUAUUCUUGUUCGGCCUCGGUGGGUUAGGGUUCAAUGCAUUGCAGAUUGUUCUGCACAUUGGGGCCAGGGUUAUCGUUUCGGAUAUUCGACAGGAACGACUAGAAGAGGCUGCAAGAUUCGGCGUUCCCCGAGAGGAUCUAGUGCCAGCUGGGAAGUCAGUACAAGACUUUGUGCGCGAGAAUGGAUUACAGGGCAAGAUUGACACGACUCUGGAUUUCGUGGGCACGCACCAGACCUUCCAGGAUGCACAAAAUAUUGUUCGCCGCGGAGGAAAGCUUUUGUGUGUUGGCACCCUCGAUGACGAGAAUAUGAUCGAUAUGAAGAUUGGUAUCCAGAAGCGGCUGAGCAUCAUCUUCACUUAUGGCGGGCAAGCGAGAGAUUUGAAGGAAGUUCUUGAUUUGAUCUCGAAGGGUGUAAUUCAACCACAGACUGAAACUGCUGGCUUGAAGGACUUCCCUGUGAUUUUGAAGAAUCUUUGCGAUGGAAAGGUCAAGGCCCGAGUUGCCUUACUGCACGAAUAG